CCUAUACUAACCUAUUUACACUGUUUAGGUCAAUCUUUCCGAGUUUGUUCAACCAACCGUAGCUCGAGACUCUAUUACCUUUAUGUCGUCGUGGCCGACUGCAACGCCGGGGUGCUUUCCGCCAGAGCCCGAUCGACCGUGGGACUACCCAUGGAGCUCAACAGAUAUGAGCGUCAGUCCUCAGCAUAUCGGUCUUAUUCAGCCAGACAACCCAUCAGCGCGGCUAUUACCGACGGUCUCCAGAUUACGAUCCGCCUCCCGACAGUCUAAGAAUGCAAAGCCAGCUGCAAACGAAGAAGAGCGCAAGAAGCGAAAGGUCCAUCAUCAAGCCGAGAUGAAGUACCGAGAUAGGUUGACUAAAGCAUUCGAAAGACUGUACAAUAUUCUCUCAGACGGCACGGACAGCUCUGAGGAGGACGCCAAAACAGUUACCAGAUCAGAAAUACUGGAUAUGGCGACAUCAGAGAUAGCUUCCUUGCGAGGUCGACUGACGUGUUAUGGGCGCGAUGAUAAGGCACUGAAAAGAUUGGGCAUCGACGGACAGAUGGUGAUGCAGUCUACUAUGCAUAAAAUAAGUAGGAUUUGAAAUGAUUAUUCCGUU